UGCAGGUAGGUAGCAUUUUUCAAUUCAGAAAACUCAACGGCCUAAAAUCAAAUCAAAUCAAAUCAAAUCAGAUUCACAGCAGUAGUACAUUUUUCAAACACCAUCAAAUAAUCUCUCUCUCUCUCUCUCUCUCUCUCUCUCCCUCUCCGCGACUAAUGGCGGACCCCGCACUUCACUCCCAGACCCCACGCCACCAGACCCAGAUCCUCAAAGAAAUCGCUGUCGACUACUGCGCCGAUGCCUGCACCCACUGCGCGGAAUCCGACUCCAUCGCCGUGACCUUCGACGACCGCGGCGGCGCGCGGUGGCGCUCCACCACCCGCUUCCACUACGGCACGUUCGGGGCCAAAAUCCAGUGCCCCAAAGGAAACACGAGCGGCCUCAACUUCAACAUCUACCUCUCCUCACUGGAAGGCAACAAGUCCCAAGACGAGAUCGACUUUGAGUUCUUGGGCAAGGACAAGACCAUUGUCCAGACCAACUACUAUACCACUGGAACUGGAAACAGAGAAGAGAUACAUGAUUUGGGAUUCGAUUGCUCCGAUGGGUUCCACGAGUACGUAAUCAAGUGGUACCCACACGUGAUUGAGUGGUUGAUCGAUGGAAAACUGCUGAGAAAAGACACGAAGAAGGACGGUGAAGGGUUUCCUGAGAAACCGAUGUUCUUGUAUGCUUCGGUUUGGGAUGCGAGCUACAUUGAUGAAGGGAGGUGGACAGGACGUUAUGUGGGGUGUGAUGCACCCUAUGUUUGCCAUUACAAGGAUGUAGUUGUGCCCUCCGAAGCUGCUGUGGUUGAGGAUUUCAGUUGUUGAUUUGGUUUCCAUUUGGUGAGAUGUUCGACAGAUUCCAAUCACAAUCCUUCCGCUGAGUUCAUUAUGGAUUGUGAGUUGUGUUGUUAUCGUGCGUUUGUCAUUUUCUGGGCGUUGAAUUGGUUGACUUCAUUUUCUAGGUCAUUGGAUUUUGUUGCUCUGUGAUACUGCAUUUGUAAAUGUUCUGUUCUGCACAAGUGUUUAUUGACAAUGAAAUAACAUUGUUGUGGAAUGCUUUUUAUCUUCUUUGGUUCUUUUGGAA